CAUGACAAACAAGACUUAUUGGUCAAUUUAAAUCAACAUUGAUGUUGCUAUAUUACCGUGAAAAGUUGGGCUUCUGGUAGUUACUUUAGUAACGAUGUCUGAUAGGAGCUAGCUCUCAUCGUUACUGGCUGAUCCUAAAGACAACUAAUAUGCAAAUAAGGCGUUUGCCCUACCUGGGUUCUAAGGCUAUUUUGGAAUCCUUACUGUCUAAUUUUCACUGUGAUUCUUCUUUGAUUGCCAAAAGUAAUCAUUUCUUGCCACAUCCGACACAAAUUUAUAAUAAUCCAACACUAUUUUCAUGUAGAAUUGUUCGAUACAAAGACACAAACAAAAUUUGUUGAAUUAGUCAGCCAUUGUGAAACGUAACUUCCUGGAUUAUGGCAACUGAUUGUCGAAAAAUCACACUUAAUGUGGACCCGUUACAUAUCAUUUGUAUUAAAUUAUUAAAACCAUUUAAAUAAAUCACCGUUACACAUUAAUGAAGGUUAAGUUUGAAUUUCUUAAAAAUGUGACCGAAACUUCCAGACAAAAUGGCCACUCCUUGUACGCAAAUAGUGCAAAAGUAUGUAAUACCAAGGUUGUGGACACUCUAGAAGUCACGAUUUUUAUCCAAUUUUGAUGAAACUUAAAAUGCGUGUUUAUAAUCCAAAGAUCGUGGUUCCUUUUGAUGUUUGCGCAUAUCGGACCGUAACUUUCAGGAUUAUGGCCCGUGAUUGUACGAAAAAUCACGUUUUUAGCUUGUGGUUCCUCUAGAGGUCACAAUGUUUAUCCAAUUAAAAAAAAUUUAUCACUGUUACACCCUAAUGAUGGUUGAAUUCCAAUUUCGUGAAAAUUGGACCAAAACUGCCGGACCAAAUGGCUGUCCCUUGUACGCAAAUAAUGUAAACAUGUUGUCGACCCUUUAGCAGUCACAAUUUUGAUCUGUUUUUGAUAAAAAUUGAAAUCCAUGUUUAUAACCCAAAGAUCUUGGUUCCUUUCGAUAUUUGCACAUAUCGGAUCAUAAUUUCCUGAAUUAUGGCCCUUGACUGUACGAAAAGUGGCGUUUUUAGCUUGAGGUCUCUCUAGAGGUCACAAUUAUUAUCUGAUUUAAAAAAAACAUGUGAAUAUAUCACCGUUACACCUUAAUGAUGAUUGAGUUCGAAUUUCAUGAAAAUCGGACCAAAACUGACUGACAAAAUGGCCGCCCCUUGUAUCAUGCAAAUGGUGUAAAUAUGUGGUAUAUCAAGGUUGUAGACCCACUAGAGGCCACAAUUUUUUUCCGAUUUUGAUGCAACCUUAAAGGAGCUAAAUCUCUAAUAUUUAGGAUCUACAAAUUGACACAAAUGGGUCGCAACGUAUAUAAUAAUGUAAUAUGAAUGUAAAUAAACUGAUUUACAUUCAAUCGUUUCCAUUUUUACUCUAAUUUCAAAGCAGUUAUAUUCGACAAAAUACGCCAGAAGUCUCAAUCGAAUGGCAAUCACUAGCGUCUGGUUAUUUCAGUCUACACCUAUAGUAUUUAUUGUGCAUGCUCUCCAGAUAGGAAUAUGACGUCACCGUUUGACAUGACUUGUGGAAUAUGUCUAACACCAUUUUUCGAGUCGUUUAUAACAAAUUGUUUAUUUUGUCUUAAAUAAUAGAUAUCAGAAGCCCAUCUUUUCCCGGUAAGAUCACAACACCAAUGUUGAUUAAAAUUGACAACUAAUUCGUGUUUUCAAUGUCGAAGGUUUUGGAUGAUAUUGAGUUAGAGACUUAGCUUCUUUAAAUUUAUGUUUAUAUCACAAAGGUCUUAGUUCCUUUCGAUAUUUUUUAUCCAAUUAAAAAAAAAUGUUUGAAUAUAUCACCGUUACACCCUAAUGUUGGUUGAGUUCGAAUUUCAUGAAAAUCGGACCAAAACUGCCAGACAAAAUGCCCCCCCCUCCCCCGGUACACAAAUAGUGUAAACAUCUGGUAUAUCAAGGUUGUGGAUCCUCUACUAGAGGUCACAAUUUUGAUCCGAUUUUGAUGAAACUUGAAAUGCAUGUUUAUAACCCAAAGAUCUUGGUUGUUUUCGAUACUCGCACAUAUCAGAUCGUAACUUCCUGAAUUAUGUCCCCUGAGAAUGAUCCCUAUUGUUUUUGGUGCAUGCCCAACCCCCAGGAACAGAGCCACACCCAUUUUGUCUUUGUGUUUCUGUGUGUUGCCUACAGGCCACGAUUCUUAAUGGAUCGUCUUUAAACUUGGGAUAUAUAUUCCUUAUACAUAUAGUCUAAAGCUUAGAAUUCAUUUUAAUUACUAUAACAUUAUUAGGCCUAUUACUCAAUGGUUAGUUAACAAAUACUUACAUUAAGAGAUAAGAAUACAUAGUAAUAGACAACAAAAUGUCACAGUCAAGUAGAGGAAGGCUACAAAUGAGAGAUGUACUACAUUGUAAUUCAGAUCAAUCAAAUCCUAGUAAUAGUGCCAUCUUACUGAAGAUGGAUAGAGAAAUGCAGGAGUUAAAGGAAGAAAAUAAGAAACUUAAGUUACAGCUUCUGGAUGAGAGGUCCAUGUUAGAACAACUUUUAAAUGAAACAAGUCAAGAGAAAUUUGAUGAACGCAGAAUAAAUUUACUAAAAGCACAAAUAAUUCAACUAGAAAGACAGACAUUAAUAUUAAGUGAAGCAUUAGGUAAUAGAUCUGAGAACCUACUAGAAGUCGAGAAUGUGUUAAAAUGGUUAACUGAUGAGUUAAGGUCAUAUAUAGCAGCUGAUGUUAAGGGUAGUAAUAUACCUGUUAGUAGAGCUCAUCUAAUGGCCAUGGUAGAAACAGCAGAAUCGGCUAGAAUCAAAUUAUUUAAAGGAAUAGAAGUUAGUAGUUUUUCUGUCAAGAAUAACAGCAAGGAAAACUUGAUAAAACCAACUAUGUUUAUAAAUGAUUUUAUAAAGAAGAAAAACCAAGAAGAUCUAACAUUACUAGAUAUAACAUCAGGACAGAUGUCUCAUAUUAACCUCAAACAUGUUGGGCAACUUGAGUCAAAGUUAAGUCAGUUGUAUAAAGAACUAAUAAAAUUAAGAGAAUCUUUAUGUGAAACAGAUAACCCUGUAAAGAAGAUAACCUCUGAUCACAUAGCAAAAUGUUUUAAAGAAAGAUUAACCAGUGAUAUAGUUAAAUCAUCAACUCUAUGUAGAGAUUGUUCAACAGAUCUACUCAGUUUAUCCUUGUUGUAUCCAGCUGCACCAUGGAGUGCUUUAAAGCGACCAAUUUUAAAAGAGGUUACAAUUGAAGAGUUUAUGUCAAUGUUACCUAGUCUACCUAAACCCAAAACAGUUGAACUCCAUCGAUGUAUUGAAGGUUUAUUAAAAACUUGUAACUAUCGUCAUACUAUGCUAGAAAGAGAGGUGAAAGCAUUACGUGAUGAAGUCAAAUUUCAUCAGAGUAUUUAUAAUCAUCAGUUAACCUAUAUAGAUUCACUUUUUACUGCUGUAAAAGAUGGUUAUUUGAGUUUUGAAAAUUCCAUUCACAGUCUUGUAGUGGAACCAUUGAAAGAAACUUUGAAGAAUUAUGAAGGAUUAAAAGUUUCUGCAUCAGAAAAAGCCUUGCGAGAUUUCUUGUCAACAUUCAAGAAUAAUGAAGAAAAGCUACAGAAUGUUGUUAAUAAAUUAGAGCUUAUACCAGAACAAGCCAAUCAAUUAAAUGGUGAAAAGGUAUUUACAUCAUUUGGAGAAGAAUUUUUCCACCUAAUGGACAAGUUAGUUGUUGAACAACAAGAAAAACGUGAUAGAGAAAUUCAGUGCAGAAGUGAAAUGAAAGAAGAGCAGAAGCAGAGAGAUGAAAGUUUAAAACAAUUGAUAUAUAAAAUGGAGGAAAAGAAAAUACAUGCACGAGAAUUUAAAGAACUGAGAAAUUUUGAGAUUUUAGAAAUGAACAAAAAUGAACCAAAACUGAAAAAAAGCUGUUCAGAUAUUUCGCUUUGCAAAAAUGACUCUUUGAAUGGGGAUAAAAGACAAGAUUCAGGACUCUCACCCCCAGAAAACAUUUCUUCUAAUUGUGAGCUUAGUAAUGUAAUGAUGGAUCAAGUGAAAAAAACUGAUAAACCACCAUCUGGUAGAGAAAAAUUCAAAAUAUCUACCAAAGGAACAAGGAAUAAACAGUGUAGAAACUAUGAACCAAAUUUAGUUGUACCCAACAAAACUUUACAACUAAGAAAGUCUAAUAGUAUAUCUAAACUGAACUGUGAUAAAAAUACUGAUCAAAGUGAAAAUUUGUUGAUGCUUCAAGAUUUAUCAACCUUAAGUAUGUCCAGUGUUGAAUCUCAACCACCGGUUCAUCAUUUAGCACCAUUGAAAAAGAAAAAGGCCCCGUUCUAUUAAUGCCAUAAAAUAAAUCAAAAUAUGUUUGAUUUAUUA